GGGCCGCCAGGUGGCAGCGCUAAGCUACACGAGAGCAACGAGUUGCGAGGUUCUUGUCGGAUUCCGUAGUGCGUGGCGGAAGUGGGGAAGAAGCAGCCGGAAAGUGUUGCUGCCAGUGAAGCUGACAUGGGCAAGAAGGAUAAAGCGGACAGAGGAGACAAGAAGAAGUCCAAGAGGCGUCACUAUGAAGAAGAAGACGAAGAAGAAGAUGAACUUCCUGGAGGUGAAUACCAGGAAGCUGUUCCUUCUGCUGCGGGAAAGCAAGUGGAUGAAGCUGGCACAAAACAGGAUGAGUACGGAGCAAAAGACUAUCGACUGCAGAUGCCUCUGAAAGGGGAUCAUUCCUCUCGCCCCCUGUGGGUGGCACCCGAUGGGCAUAUCUUUCUAGAAGCCUUCUCCCCGGUGUAUAAGUACGCUCAGGAUUUCCUGGUGGCCAUAUCGGAACCCGUGUGCAGGCCUUCGCACAUCCACGAAUACAAACUCACGGCUUAUUCGCUGUACGCGGCUGUCAGUGUUGGGCUGCAAACCAGCGACAUAGUCGAGUAUCUGCAGAAACUGAGCAAAACUGGGGUCCCUGAAGGGAUUGUACAGUUCAUUAAGCUCUGCACUGUCAGCUACGGGAAAGUGAAACUGGUCCUGAAACACAACAGAUACUUUGUGGAGAGCACCCACCCGGAAGUCAUCCAGGAGUUGCUACAACAUACUGUCAUCCGAAGCUGCCGACUGCGAGAUGCUGAGGGAAAUGAAACUGAACUCAUCACUGAGACCUUUACAAGCAAAUCUGCUAUUUCCAAGACAAGCGAAACUGCCAGUGGACCUUCUACCUCCCAGGUACCAGAGGGGCAAGACAAGACAAAUGUGCCUGCUGAUUUAUAUGAGUUUUAUGAACAGAUGGACAAAGAGGAGGAGGAGGAAGAAGAGACACAAACAGUGUCUUUUGAGGUCAAACAGGAGAAGAUUGAAGAACUUCAGAAGCAGUGCAUACAAUUGGAAUAUCCUCUGCUUGCAGAGUACGACUUUAGGAAUGACACAAUGAAUCCGGACAUUAAUAUUGAUUUAAAGCCUACAGCAGUGCUACGGCCCUACCAGGAAAAGAGCCUGCGCAAAAUGUUUGGAAACGGCCGAGCAAGAUCUGGCGUCAUUGUGCUUCCUUGUGGUGCCGGCAAGUCCUUGGUUGGUGUUACAGCUGCUUGUACCGUUCGCAAAAGGUGCCUGGUGUUAGGGAACUCCGCCGUUUCUGUGGAGCAGUGGAAAUCCCAGUUCAAAAUGUGGUCAACCAUCGAUGACAGUCAGAUAUGCCGCUUCACCUCUGAUGCAAAGGACAAGCCCAUCGGCUGUUCCAUUGCCAUUAGCACAUACUCUAUGCUGGGACACACAACCAAACGAUCAUGGGAAGCAGAGCGUGUCAUGGAGUGGCUCAAAAGUCAGGAGUGGGGGCUAAUGAUCCUAGAUGAAGUGCACACUAUACCAGCUAAAAUGUUCCGUAGAGUCCUGACCAUAGUGCAGGCACACUGCAAGCUGGGACUCACAGCCACACUUGUACGAGAAGAUGACAAAAUUGUGGAUUUGAAUUUCCUGAUUGGUCCAAAACUGUACGAGGCCAACUGGAUGGAGCUUCAGAACAAUGGCUAUAUAGCCAAGGUGCAGUGUGCUGAGGUCUGGUGCCCCAUGUCUCCUGAGUUCUACAGAGAAUAUGUUGCCAUAAAGACAAAGAAGCGAAUUUUGUUGUACACUAUGAACCCAAAUAAAUUUCGGGCCUGCCAGUUCCUUAUUAAGUUCCAUGAAAGGAGGAAUGACAAGAUCAUUGUGUUUGCAGACAAUGUCUUUGCACUGAAAGAGUAUGCCAUUCGGCUCUGCAAACCUUACAUUUAUGGUCCCACAUCCCAGGGAGAGAGGAUGCAAAUUCUCCAGAACUUCAAGCAUAAUCCAAAGAUCAACACAAUCUUUAUAUCUAAGGUAGGGGACACAUCCUUCGAUCUGCCAGAAGCCAACGUGCUGAUACAGAUUUCAUCCCAUGGUGGAUCGAGGAGGCAAGAAGCUCAGCGUCUCGGAAGAGUCUUGAGAGCAAAGAAAGGAAUGGUGGCGGAAGAAUACAACGCCUUCUUCUAUUCUCUGGUGUCCCAGGACACGCAGGAAAUGGCUUAUUCCACGAAGCGACAGAGAUUUCUGGUGGACCAGGGUUACAGCUUUAAGGUGAUCACUAAGCUUGCAGGGAUGGAGGAAGAGGACCUUGCAUUCUCCACAAAGGAGGAUCAGCACCAACUUCUGCAGAAAGUCCUCGCAGCCUCUGACCUUGAUGCAGAGGAGGAAAUAGUGGCUGGAGAAUUUGGAUCCAGAUCCUCCAUGCAGGUAUCUAGACGCAUUGGUACCAUGAGCUCCAUGUCCGGAGCCGAUGAUGCUGUCUACAUGGAGUAUCACACACCACGAAACAAGGGAGCAUCGAAUAAACAUGUGCACCCCUUGUUCAAGCGCUUUCGGAAAUGAGAAGAUGCAGCUUCACCUUUCCAUAGCACAAUAUGGAGUCAAGACAAAGCUACAGACUUGUAUCUAUUUGUAUAAAGUACAUUUACAGUUAGACCUUUCAGUUCACUUGGCAAGUGCAGAGCUGACACUGAAGGAUUCUACAAACGAGUCUGGUAUUUCUCUCAGAACUGCUACAUUUUGCUCUAUUUAUUUGUUAUUCCCAAUCGGCUGAUGGACUAGGAUAUCUCUUGAUAAGUUUCCUUUAUACAGUAUUCCUGAGGCGAGGAAUUAAAAGCUUGUGUUGUUCAUGCCACAUGUCUGUGAUGGCAAAUAUGGUUUUGGCCUUAAUGAAGGUUAAAUAUAUACUCAGGUUGAAGAAGGGGUUUUGCUUAAAAGACCAGUAAAAAAAAAAGUUUAAAAAAAAUGUUUCUACAUAACGAAAAAAUAAACUCAAACACAUUUAACUUUAAAUUCGCAAAGUCUUUAUUAAGAAAUAACUAAGAUUCUCCGCUUGUGCUCCUCUUCAGAAACGUCGUCCGGUGCUCGAUUUCUCCUCCAUGCUUUCUAUAGGAGAUAGCCAGGGAGGCAAAAUCGAGUGCAGCACGAUGGAAUGUCACCCUAUCGCCGUUUCUGAAGAGGAGCGCAAGCGGAUAAUCAGCAAGUUAAUUCUUAAUAAAGACUUUGCGAAUUUAAAGUUAAAUGUGUCUUGGUGUUCUGUUUUUUUUUCUCAUUAAAUACAAACAAUAAUGGGUAAAGUAUGCCGACCUCCAGAGCCAGACCCUGUGGGAAAAAACCUUUUGAUGCACUUCUGAAAACAAGGUAGGGCUGUGUGGUUGGUGGCUGCUGUAUUUGUCUUUGUAACUUUCACUCUAUGAUGCCAAUUGCCAAUCAGGAGUGUGCAUACUGGAAGCCAAGAGCAGGCCUUAACAGCCUUUAGUUCAGAGGUGCCCCACAGUUUCCCUUCCCAUGAUUUAAAAUGUAUGCCCAUAGCCCACAUCACUGGCAAGGCAUCCUAUUCCCAUGGCUGGAUUGUGCCAACUGGAAGCCCGCACUAUUCAAUGAGAGCAACUUGUGAAGCCAUCAAUCACCGGGUGGAGAUGUAGGGUCAGUGAGUUGUAGCAACUGCAAAGCAAUUUACAUUUCCAAAUAUAAGCUUACAGACAGAAAAGGCUGAGUAAAUCAAAAAUCUUUAAGUAAUAAAGGACCAAUUGUCAAACUUC